GCAUGCUAGUACAAAUAGUCAGGAAGUUGAUGCACUGAAUGCAUCCAUCUGGGCAUACGGGACACUGGGAUGUCAUCUGCAGGUAUUAGAACAAAAACACAGCAUAAAAAUAAUGAUUGCGUUGAAGUGCUAUUUCUCUCUUCCAGUGGUGGCAGGGGCAUUAUUAGUGGGCCUUCCUUACAGUGUCUCUCUAGUUGCCCAAUGGCUCUAUGGCUGGCCCAAUAAACCAGGGUACCAAAAAUAUAUAGAGGCUCUCAAACCAAGGCGCAUAUACUGCCUUACGAGAGCCGUGCUGGAGAUGCUGAAAUAUCUGCAGUAUGGCAAACUGUACUUUCAGUGGAAACUGUGGUACAGUAAUGACAAAAAUAACAAGCACUAUGUGAAAGGCAUAACCUUUGGUCGACGAGGGAACAAACUAGAUUUAUAUUAUUCACCAAGCAUGGACCAUUCCGAUUCUGCUCCUGUACCGGUGGUUGUGUUUGUGUAUGGAGGUGCCUGGGGAUCAGGAGACCGCUCCAUUUACUGUCUGCUAGCCUUACAAAUGGCAAAAGAGCUUAAUGCCUCUGUCAUUUGUCCAGAUUAUUCCAUAUAUCCAAAGGGAAAUGUUUUAAAUAUGGUUCAAGACAUCAGUGACAGUUUGCUGUGGGUGAGAGAAAAGGGACAAACAUUCAAUCUCGAUCAAGAGAACAUAAUAUUAAUAGGUCAUUCAGCAGGGGCUCAUCUGUGUGCCCUUUCCACACUGUUUCUGGUGAACAAUGCAGAAGAGCUGUUCAUUGAGACCAACAUACAGAGAGAUCUUGUAUCUGCCAUUAAAGGAAUCAUAGGUUUGAGUGGCGUUUACAGUGUAAUGGAUCAUUAUAACCAUGAGAAAAUGCGGGCCGUUGAAUAUGUGUCAACUAUGCACAAAGCAAUGGAUGGUGUGGAGAACUUUGAUUAUUAUUCACCAACAUCAUUACUCAAGAAACUGAAUGAAGAUCAGUUGAAACGAGUUCCUCCAGUGGUUUUGCUCCAUGGAACCAAGGACAUCAUAGUUCCGGUGGAAUCAUCAGUGAUGUUCUCUGAGCUCCUCACAGCCCUUUCUAUCAGGAUGUCUCUCUAUCUAAUACCUAAAAUGAACCACACAGAGAUGGUCACUGACCUUAUGGCUCCAGACAGGCACUUUUACCACACAGUUUACGGCUGUAUUAAAAAGGAGUACAGUAAAUUUCAAGGUUAUGCUGAUUAAUAUUUUUCAUUCAAUUCAUUACUAAUAUAAUUUUCCAUUAUUCCAGACAGUCAUUAUAUGUUCUUUAUGUAAUUACUCGUAAGUUUAUAUUCAAGUUCUAAUGAUUUCUUCUGAAAUGUUUAAUUUUAAUUAAAAAAUGUGUUCAAUAACCCAUUAUACAAGAUGGCAAGGUGAAAGAAAACAACUUCUGUGCUUGUUAUCUGUUAAUAAAUUCUGUUAAUGUUUAAUUAAAUGUAAAAAGAAAAGAUUGUUUCAAUUAAGACAAAGAAUAAAUAAAUAUAAAUAUACAACAUA